AUGGAUAGCCACCAGAUUCUGGUGAAACCCAAGCUCGGCUUCUCGACUUCAUUCCGAGAAGCCUUCAAAAUUGUCUCUCAUCAUUCAAACUUCAUCUCUCUCAUCAUCUUCUUCUCCUUCCCCCUCUUUGCCUCUCUCCUUGCCCACCACACUCUCCUUCAUCCAACCUUCAUCCAAUUCCUCAAACUUCUUUCUCACAACAUCAUAUGUCGAUUAAGUGUUGCCACAGACUGCUUCUUGCAGCAGCUUCCCUCCAUUAACGACAUCUUCGAAGUGACUCUCUCACAGAGUCAGUGGUUUCUGAUCUCAACUCCUCUCUCCACAUCAGUCAUCUUCUUUCUUGACAUUCUGUCCACAAUCUCAACAGUCUCCAUAUCUGCAGCAUUUUAUGGAGGAAACUCCCAAAAGGGUUUCAAAGAGAUGUUGGUUGAAGUCAGAAAGCUGGUGGCUCUGAGACUGAGAGGGUCAUUGGAAACAUCUCUAUAUGCUCUUUUGUUAGCUUCACUCACUCUACUGGGUUUGGUUGCUUUGUCAACAAACAUGAAUUUGAUGCCAAAAAGUUCAUUUAUCUUUGGGCCACUCUUUGUAGUUUUAUUGACAAAAUACAUAGAGUGGAGUGCUGUUUGGAACAUGGGAAUUGUUAUAACAAUCUUGGAUAAGAACCAGGGCUACAUAGCAAUUGGGGUAGCAGCAUAUCUAAGCAGAGGCAGUAGAAAGUUAGGGUUCAGUUUGAUGCUGGUUUUCUUUGCUUUGAAGGUGGCUUUGGGGCUGCCAUGUCUCUAUGCUUUGUGGAAUGAGGGGAAUUGUGGGGUUUUGGGGAAUGUGGUGUCUGUGAGUUUGAGCUGUGUGGGGAAUGUUGUAAUGUGGGUUGUUCUUACGGUCUAUUUCUAUGACUGCAAAAGGCAAUUUCUGGAGAAGAAGAUUGAUUUGGAGAAUAAUGGGAAAGCUGUGGCUGUCCAAGUUCAACAAUGA